GGCGCCCAAAGCUAGAAGUAAAAAAAAAAAUAAAAAAAAAAUUCAAAUCAGGUUGGGGGCUCCAGCAGUUGAAGGCCACCACCAUCUCCCUCGACAAUCUCUGGUUCCAUUCCAAGGCUUCGAGGCUCAAUCAUGGCGACGAGCACCCUCCACAACGACCUCUUCUCUUCUCUCAUCUCCGACAUCAAAACCUACACUGGAACCGACCCCCUCCUCCCUUGGCUCCGUGGGAUUCGGAAGUUGAGGGAGUGCCUUCCCCCCCGGUUUCUCAAGGAGAAGCUCCCUCGGUUCCUCCAGAAAUGCGCUCAGACCUUCGAGGCCGAUCGACGCUACAGGAAUGACUUGCGCUACCUCCGCGUCUGGAUACAGUUGAUGGAUUUUGUGGAUGACCCAAUAACACUUUUGAGGACCAUGGAGAUGAAUCGCAUUGGGAUGAAGCGGUCUCUAUUUUACCAGGCAUAUGCUCUCUACUAUGAAAAGAUCAAGAAAUUCAAGGAGGCUGAGAAGAUGUACCAUCUGGGGGUGCAGAACCUUGCAGAGCCUGCUAAUGAGUUGCAGAAAUCAUAUGAGCAAUUCCUUCAUCGAAUGGAGCGGCUUAAAAACAAGAGAAUCCAGCGCCAGGAAGGUGGGAUUGCCAAGAGGCAUCUGUCUAGGAGCACCUCCCUUCAGAACCAUGACCAAAAUAAAGAAAACAAUGAUAAUACAUGCAGACUUGGGUGUAGGCCUGUGGAGACAUUUGCUGAGGAAACUGUGCUUGAUAAGCUACCUAAUCAUGAAAGUGCUGAGACUGAAGUAUUGGAAAAUAGCUCUGAUAAUGUGGUGCCAAUGAAGGAUUCCAAUAAUUUUGGUGCUUCAGCAAAUUUUUCCAACUUUGAAACAGCUAACAAGCCAUCUAUGAAGAGGGAAACUGGGGGGAAUGGACCCAACUUUCAUGUCAAGCAGCGAUAUGACACUGGAACAAGAUUAGAUGAACCAAGCUCAUUUUGCAAGGAUGAUUCAGUUGUGGUGAAGUUUGUAGAUACCGCAAUUGUUGGAAAAUCUGAGGCUGAAGAUGCCUGCCAUCAUGGUCUGGUGGAUCCUACUAUAAACAUGAAAGAGGCUAUGAAUGCCAUUAAUAGCAUGUUUCGAGAACCUCUAGAGCCUGCUCUGGUUGUUAGGAGAUCACACAGAAGCCAACCCAAGGAAAAUCAUUGUUUGAAAAAUGAAUUUGUGGUGUUUGUUGAUGAAGAAGUGGACAAAGGGGCAGGAACAUCAGUUCAAGAAGAAGAAAAACGAUGUUUGGUACCCCAGCACAAUAGAAUUGAAAUUUGUCAUCCUCACAAAGAACCAUUUGAAAUAUUCAUCGACAAUGAGGGAAGCAAUGAGGUUGCAGACAUAAAUGAUAAGAAAGAUGAUUUAGAGCACUGUGAGGUUCAGAAUUUAACAGGUUCUGCGUCGUCUGCUUCAUGUAUAAAUGCUUUUGUGUUUCCAACUCCCAAGGAUCAUUCACCAAAAUUUUCUGAUGAUUCAGAUGCAGAGAGUCCACCUCGGGGGCAACUCGGAGAAAAUACAGUUGUUUGUAAGUUUGUGGGUUCCACCAUAUCGGAUGAGCCAAUGGUGGAAAAUGCUUGCCACCAUGGCUUAAUAGACCCUACUGUCAACUUGAAGGAGGCUAUGGAUGAUAUAAAUAAUAUGUUUGGGAAGCCAAUAGAUUUUGUUAGGACCACCAGACUGAGGAAGAAGGAUAAAGCACCCGAUAGAAAGGCAGACUUUGGGGGGUUUUCAAUACUUCCUGAUGAUGACUUGGAACAGAUUGUUGCUCCAAAUGUCAAUACAGAUUGUCGUGGGUUUUCAAUACUUCCUGAUGAUGACUUGAAGUGCCAACAAAGUCAACCCCUAGCAAGCUCCUCUCACAAAUUAAAAGAACUCGAUUUGUUUGAGCCAACCAUAUUUACGAAGGAUGCCAUGGACGACAUUAAUGAGAUGUUCAGAAUGCCUUUGGACUUUUAGAGAAUAGAGAUAUGGUAACGCUGACUUUGGCUGCAGGAAUGGGCUCGGCCCCUGUCAACGACCAAGAUCCUAAGUGCUCACAGCUCUGGCAGUACACCAUUCCCUCCACCACCACAUCUGUUUUCAUGGGCGUCUCUUCAACAACGGUGGCAAUGGAAGGGAAGGCCAGGGAGAGAAGUAGGAGAAAUGGGAUGAUUAUGAGCUUGCUGGUUUCCAUCUUCUUGGAGGGGUAGUUUGUGCUUGGAGAUGUUAAGAAGAAGAUAGCUGAGCUACUUAGGUGGGGAAACCCUCAAAGUUCAUGGAAUUUAUAGUUUCUUUUUCACGAGAAAUUUAUGUGAGUUUUGAACUUCUUGAUUGAACGUGGGUGCUGCUAAGCUGUGUUGGUGGUUUGCAUUAUUGUAAUUCGGUGCUUACGAAAAGACCACCACUCCAGUUUUUUUUUUUAAAAGUGAUUUGAGUUUGUAAGUGCAACUUCUUUAAAAUAUGUGUGAGUAUUUUUAUUCAUAUUAUAUUGCAAUUAGAUUCUUGAUUUUGGUUGUUCUGAA